CAUAAGUGUGAAAGUACCUAGAUAUCAUUUCCUCGAAAGUGCAAGUUUUUGUAAAGUGUGUUGAUUUCGAAGUGCUCAGGUAUAUAAUUGGGUUAACAGAAUGGAUUACAUAUCGUUUUCAAACUAUUCGUACGGGGACAACGACGACUACCCUCACGAACCGCACAUAAUGCCCGUGCCUUCAGGAGGACCAUGGAAUGUGCAGGGACUGUCUUGGGGGUCGCACUCGCCGCCCCAGCUGGUGCAGUUUAACGCUCUAGUGCCUCAGCAACCUCGGUUUUCUACAAUAAUGCACUGCAAACGAAAAAGUUUAGAUCCAGAGCCAUCAAUCCCUGCAAAGAUAUACAUAACGGAAGACAAAAUGGCAGAUCAUCUCAACGGUCUCCAUCUGUCUACAGACUAUAGAACACACCACCUAGCCAGUAGUAAUAACUCUAUGAGUAUGGAUGCCGGACUCAUGGACAUGGACACUCCCGCCAACACUGAUGUUAGAGACAAGUUAAAAGGGCACACCAUUGUACUCUCGGAGGAGAUUAAGAAACUUAAGGAUGAGCCGCUGAUACCUCCUGCGCUUAUUGAAAGGUUAGAAAAACCCUGCAUGUCCCUGGUUGUCUGGCAGCCCAAGGAGAGUGUAGUAGACAAACUAAAGGGCACUACCACGGAGAACAGGACAGAAGAAGAGGAACCAAAGAAACGGAAUGGUGUUCUUGUUCCUGAUAUGGGCAUGGAUGGAGGUAUGGAUAUGGAGAUGUAAGUUUAAUUCUGGUCUUAGAUGUAGUUUAUAGUUCGUUUUUUUGGCAUUAGA